UUUUUUAUUUAGAUAGAUAACAGCCACAAUGUGGAGGAUCCAUCUAUUACAAGUGUGUUUGGUUUUGAUGCCAUGCUGGUUUGCCCAUGUGUUCUGUGAUUCAGAUGAUUUUGAGUUUGAAAGCUCAGAGGCCACUUAUAAUACAGUGAGGAAUACCACCAUCUCCAUUGCUUCUAUUAUUGGCAUUAUAACAGGACUGAUAUUUCUGGGAAUUGUUAUCGCCAUUAUUGUUAUAUGCUGUUGUUGCAUGAAAGGACGGCGCUCAGCUGGUCAUGUAUACAGACAACCUGGAAACCAGAUGACUGUCACCACCACCACUCAGCAGUCCUACCCUGGGCAGUAUCCUCCCCAUCAGCCCUACAACCAGUAUCCCCCGGUCCAGAAUCAGUACCCCCCUCAGGGCUACGUACAGCAACCACCCCCACCCCAGAUGGGAUACCCACCUGUCCAGCAAGCACCCCCCAUGACUGGGUCAGGUUACCCCCCACAGGAAAAUAAAGCCUUACCCACAGCACCCCCCGCAGAUGAUGAUUACCCACCUUACCCAGCAACCCCCCAGCAACCCCCACCCUACCCUGGCAACUAGAAAGGAGGGCAAAGGUUUGUUUACAAGAUCUGCACCCAAUUGUGAUAUGUUUUUGGAAAGAGUCAUUUUUUGUAUUGUUUUAAUAAAAAAAAGGUUAAAAAGUGGAACAU